AGACGUGGAGGUGGAUAUAUCACGUGAGAACUAGAAUAUUGUAAUAAGCAGAUUGAUUGAACUAGGCUAAUUGUUAAAUAAAUGAUCACAAGUAAUCUUGUAAUAAUCUUGUAAUUUGCGACAACAAAAAUGGAAAAUGGGGAUGUUAAAGGACCAACUGUCGCAGAGAAUCAAGAAAAUAUUAAACCAGGAAAUGAAAUUGACAUAAAAGUCACUCCAGUCAUCAAGCUUGUGCAAGAAGAAGGAAAUUUAACUCCUGUCAGUAGUGCAGGAGAAGACGAUGAUUCUCCUGAUUUCCAAGAUAUGUUGAAACAGGACAAAACAUGGAUUCCACCAUCAGAAGAAAUUGAAAUUAAAAUCAGAGAUCUUCUAGAACAUUAUUUUUCUAAUGACAAUAUUUCAAAGGACAAAUUUCUAUUGAAACAUGUGAAGCGUAACAAGCAUGGAUACGUUUCUGUCAAACUAUUGACAAGUUUUAAAAAAAUCAAGAAUUUGUCAAAAGAUUGGAAAAUGACGGCAUAUUGUGUAUUGAAGUCGGAUAAACUAGAAAUUAAUAGAGUGGGUACAAAACUUCGAAGAAAAGAACCGUUACCAGAAAUCGAUCUUCCCACUACAUCAAUACGAACUAUUUUAUAUAAAUUAGGCGAUAGUCAAGAAGAACCUUCUGUUGAUCAGGUUUCUGAAAAAUUUCGUGAAUUUGGUCAACUAACAACAAUACGUAUUAUAAGGCCUUCUAUGGAAGUUCCUGCUGAUCUACGUAAUCACAUGACAAAACAUCCUGAACUAGGACAGAGUCUGUGUGUUGUUAUUGAAUUUGAAACAACAGAUGGAGCUCAUAAUGCUUAUAAAACACUUUCAAAAGUUGCAAGGGAAGAAGAAAAAACAGAAUCCUAUAGCCUUCUAGGAUCAGGUAGAAAUCCUCGGAAAACUGGUGGAAGAAAUAGAGACAUAUAUGAUAGUAAUGAUGAAUCUCCAUACACAAGUUCAAGGGAAAACAGUCCUCUAAUGCCACGUAGGAAGUUUGUUACCGGGAAGAACGGAUGGCAGACUAAUACAAGAUAUAGCGUAUCUCCUCUAGCUAGUCCUCAAGGAAGCAGAGAUACCAGUCCCACCAGGAGUAAUUCGGAUCGGAGUCCUCGUGGAAGCCCCAGAAUGCAAAGAAAAAAUUUAGGAGGACAAGCCAGUAUUCCACCUCCUUCUGGUUCUUGGAGGACAGGAUUAAGGGACAGUACUCCUGAAACUAGUCCACGAGGAAGUCCUAAAGGAAGUCCAAUGUCAUCAAGAAAACAUAUUUCACAGCAAAAGAAAUCACCACUCGCUAUUCCUAACAAUGUUACAACUCCUGACUCAGCAGGAUCAAACAAUAGUACACCAUCUGGUAGUCCAUGGUUACAAAGAAAAAGGAUGCUCGCUGCUAGUCAAGCUGCUAACUCACCCAGCGGUAGUCCAGGCACGAGUCCCGUCUUGGGUAGAAAAUUUCAAGACGGAGUUCCAGAAGGAGUUCUGCGACUUCCAAAAGGACCUCCUAGUAUUAAUGCGAAGGGUUUUGACAGUGCAUGGAAACGUAGAGUUAAAACUACGUCAGUGGUAAAAUCUCUCAACGACAAGCCCUCGCCUUUAGUCUCGAAUGCAUAGUACACAAAAAGAUCGCAAGAGGCUCGAAAAAAUGAAACAUUGUCAGAACUGUCAACAAAAAAUUUCAAUUUGCAAUCAGAUUAUUUUUUUUCUUAAUGGAAAACAGACAAAGAUAUUUUGUGUCUGGUACUGUGUUGCACGUAGUACAAAGUUUUUGGUUUGGUUAUUUUUUCUUUUUAUCUCUUUUGGUUUGAAUUGUAUUGCGCAAUUCUAUAAUAGUUUUGAUUGGUAUAUGUAGGGUGUUCGGGAAAUCUGUUGAAAAUGAAAUUUUAUUGAAAAACGAUGGCUUUUUAGAAUUGUAUUACUGAAAUCACUACCAUUUAAUAUCGAUCAUGGUUUAUUAUGAAAUAUUGUAUAUGCCAUAAUUAUGCUAUUUUUAGUAUCAAGUAUCUAGCAAAUAGUGGAAGUGUUUUGAAAAUAUUCUAAUUCGAUUUUUACGCUAUCCCUAUCUGCGAGUUAUGAUCAUCUUUAGCCUGCGCUCUUAUAUUUUCUAUUUUAUUUUUUGUGUCUGUUCCUAAACUCGAUACUUUGCCAACAAGAAUCUACCUGUGCGAAAAAUUCAUGAUUCAAGGUAUAUUGUUGGAAUAAUUUUUAGAUCUUCGGUUCAGCAAUCUGUACAAUGUCCUGCUUCAGCACGAGAAGUGAUUCUCUCAUGUCUAUAUGUUUUUGUGCCACUUGCUACCAUAUUUCCAACCAACUUCAAGUGUUGAAAUAUAUACAAGACUUUGCAGGAAUGUCUGAAACAAACUGGGUACACGGAUACUAUACUAACCUGAUAUACUUUUGUUUUUACUGAUUUAGUAAUAAUCUUCUUGUGAAGUUUUUUUAAUCAAGUAAGCUGAGAAACUGGAACCUUAUAUACAUACUUACUGCUCUAAUACUCUUUGCUUCAUGUAAACAGUUGAUCCUAAACAUGUGGAGUCUGGGAAAGUCUACAUUAGAUUUCGGACUCCAACGCCGCGGGUUAAAUUUAGACUCACCAAACACUAAACCAUUUCAAGAAAACAGAACAUUGAUAACAAAAACUUUGGUUUAUACAUGAUUUUCAAUUAUCUUUUAAAAAUGCAAGGAAAAAUCAUGCUUUGCUGCUAAAAAUUUUGACUUAGAUCAUUAAAAAUCUGACUUCUGGCUACAACUCGAGGAUUCAAAAUUUGGACUCCCGAAUUAGAAAUUUAACUCAAUCUCCGCCUCCAGUUUGAAUGAAAUCAUGCAAAACUCCAGAAUCUGAUUCUACAGCCCUGGUUGAUCUAUCUUUUUUAUUCAAGUAUUUUUGUCGGUUUUGUCUUUGAUUCAAUUCAGGACAUUACUACUUGUUUUUUUCAGUUUUUGCCAUCCCUGGCAUGAGUUUUCAACUUGCUUGGUAAACAAUUAUGAAUUUGUUAAUACUGCGUAAUCGUUAAAACAAUUGAUCAAAUUUUGAAAUCUAACUAAAUCAAAUCAUUGCUAAUACGAAAAAAUAGCGAUAUUUUGCAAUUUUUGAAACUUCUAAAACUGCCAGUUUCUUACUAUUGUGUUGUGAUAAUGUUAAAUAUGCAAGUUCUAUCUACAAUUUGUAACCAAUAGAAAAGGAUAAAAAAUGUUCUGUUAGUUAUGAUAUGCCUGAGUGUCAACUCUAAGUGGUGUUGCUUUUAGUUUUGGUGUGAUAUUUUGUGUGAGAAUAAGCUAAGGUGUUCAGAUAGCAUUGUGAGUAGGGCUGUUAUAGUUUGGUGCCUGCUUCUUCGUGGCAUGUCUGUACCUAAAAACUGGACUAUCUUUUUUUACAAGCAUGUUAAACACUUUGUUCAGUUUUCAAAUGAAAUUGAUUUAGUCUAGUAUACUACAAGAUAAACUUUUCUCAUAUCAAACCUGGAAUGGUAACUAGGCGAGAAGUCGUUGCUCACCAUGUGUUAAGUCAUCCUACCAACUUUCAUAUCUUGAUAUAAAUACAAAAAUCCUGUCUUAUCCUACUAUUUGAGUAGUUAUGUUAUACCUUUUUCUUGUCACAGUUAAUCAGACAUUAUUUUUUUAAACUUUAAACUCAAUGGUUUUAUUUUUCAAAUUGGUGAAUAUAUAGUGCAAAUAAAUAUUAGCAGUUAUGGCCUUGAACACCAUGAAUUUCUAUCGGGCCAAAUUUUUGUUCCAUAUUCUAAAUGAAAUAUAAUUAUCAUAUUCUUAAGUCAUAUUGACGAUAACUUUGAAAUGUGAGGGUUUUUCUGUUUAUAAUAGAUAUUUAGAUAUUGUUAUAUAAAUUACUCUCUUUUUGGUGGUUUGCUAGAACUAUGUAAAAAUUUAGCAUAAUAUUUGUACAUUGUGUUGCGUAUUGUGAUAUUUCAAACUCAAUUGCGUAUUGUGAUAUUUCAAACUC